AUGCGCGUGCCGUGCGUCUACCUCGUCUGGGACUCGAAGCUCGGGGUCAUCGCGCUGCGCCGACGCGAGCGCGAGCGGCAGCUGGCCGUGAGUCGCUGCGGCUUCGUGCUGGCGGGCGUCUACUUCCAGGUGGACCAGGCCACGGCGCUGCAGAUCCCCGUGGCGCUCAAGGUCAUGGACCGCGCGCAGGUUUUGCUGCAGCGGGACGACGUGGAGAGCGAGAUCCGCGUCAUGGGGCAGCUGCAGAUGGCCGGCAUCGACGCCCCAUUGGCCAACGAGUACAUGAUCCGCUGGGAGUACGCCAGCGACGCCUACAACCAGUACGUGGCCACCGAGUACGUGGCCAACGGCAGCCUCCAGGCCUACGCGCACCGCCAGGUGCACCAGUUGAUGUUCAAGCACCUGCAGGAGUUCGCGCAGGAGCACGGGGCGGCCCCCACCAAGCUCGAGUGCAUCUCGUACGUGUAUCGGGGCAGCGGCCACGAGUGGAUGAGGGAGGGCGUCGAGAUCUUCAAGGGGAUUGUUCGGGCGUUGACGUAUCUGCACGCGCAGAACGUGGCGCACCUGGAUCUGGACGUGUACAAUGUGGCGGUGGACGGACGCACGUGUCCGAGGAUUAUCGACUUGGGCAGCAGCCAGAUCAUGGACAAUAGAGGUCUUGUGGGGGCCGGGUAUGUUAGCAUCAAGUGCAAGCCGCUGUUCGUGUCGCCAGAAGUGAGGUCCCAUCAGAGGAUGGCGCCACCGAGGCCGGGCUUCAAUGGCGCCGCGGCGGAUAUGUGGGCGGCAGGGGUUAUUGUGAGUUGA